AUGGACAAGAUAAAGGCAAAUUUCAACUUUGACGUAAUACCAAAGUUCAUAGUGAAGCUGUACAGGGUUGUUGAUGAUGACAAGUAUAGAGGGAUCUGCUGGACGCCAGACGGGCUCAAGAUCCAUAUUUUCGAUAGGGAUGUAUUUAUUAAGGAGACGUUGCCUCUUAUAUCGAAGACGAGGGAGUUUGGAACGUUUAUUCGCAUGCUGAAUAGCUAUGGAUUUGUGAAGUCGAAGGACAUUGAGGAAGAGGACAUCUAUUACAACAGCAACUUCAGGAAGGGAAGGGAGGAUUUGCUUGGACUUGAUGAGUCACUGAGGCUUAUACGAAGAAAGAAGGCAAACGACAUGAAGGCGAGUGUUGGAAGUGCAUCUAUGAAGGAGAUAGUUGAGUGCUUGUAUUCGCAGAACCAGGAGCUCUAUGCGGAGUUAUCAGUAUGCAAGGAGAAAAUAGAGAGGCAGGAGAGAAUGAUGAAUGGAUUGAUGGAGGUUCUAUCACGGGUGUUUAGAACAAGCAUUGAUGAUCUUGGUGGAGCCGGGCAGAAUCCAGGAGUGCUUGGCUUUGGAAAUGAAAUGGAUGUGUUUUUGGGAAACGAGCUUGCCAGACUCAAGAGAUCUGGAGAUCAGGCACUUCAGGCACCUAGCCAGAGCUCGAUGAUGCAGAAGCUGUCACUUCAGACAGUUGAUGAUAUACAGCACGAAGUAGAUGAAAGAGAAAGCGACUACGAUGCCUUUUUUUGA